CGAGGCUCGACUUCUCGAGUCCUCGACUCUGUUCGACUUUCCGAGGGCCUACCCCUGCAUCUUCACCAUUCGAGGCCAGUCCGCCGUUCCCAAUCUAGUUUUGGAACGAGGCACCGGUCCUUUGGGGCGAGAUGGAUCAACGACUCGCAAGACAUGGACCUCUGGCAUUCUCUACCCGCCUUUCCGUAGGCUGUAGCACCCUCGUUUCCGCCAUGCAUGCUGGUCCUAUUGUCCUCAUCCUGGCCCAUGGUAUUGGUCGAAAGGUUGACGAUGGUGAUAUGCGCCCUCCACGAUUAUAAGUGUAGCACGCGUCCCCCGUUCUCCAGACCCUCUCCUCCUGGUCUUCUCAUCCCCGCCGUGCCAAUCCACAGACAACCUCACCAGCACACCAGGUCGGGCAUCGUCGACACUUCCUCACAGCCUGGGAUAGCGAACUCACCAAGACCACACCCCUCGUCCCCAGCCGUAGAUCCUGAACGGACCCAUUGAUCGCAACCAUGGUCACCGUCAGCAAGAACCUGGUGCAGUCCAAUGCCGUGGAGAACCUCGAGCAUGCCCGUGAGCAGGCGCCCAACUUCGAAAAGGUGACCUGGUACAAGGAGCCUUAUUUGCGCAAGCUCUACUUCCUGUCCAUCUUCCUGCUCGUCGGCUCCGCCACCACCGGCUACGAUGGCAUGCUGCUCAACACCUCCCAGCAGAUGGACGCCUGGAAGGGCUUCUUCCCCGAGUACGAAAACGACCACAAGCUCGGCAUCCUCAUCAACAUGUACAACAUUGGUUCCAUCAUCUCCUACCUCUUCACACCCUACAUCGCGGAUCGCGUCGGCCGUCGCCCGACUAUCAUGGCUGGCUGCGUCCUCAUGAUCGUCGGUGCCAUGCUCACGACCUUUGCCAACGGCUACAACAUGUACAUGGGCGGACGCUUCCUCCUCGGUUUUGGCAACUCCUUCUCCCAAAUGUGCUCGCCCAUGCUGCUCACCGAGAUCUGCCACCCCCAGCACCGUGGUCCCCUCACCGCCGUCUACAACUGUCUCUGGAACCUGGGUUCCCUCAUCGUCUCCAUCGUCGGCUGGGGCACCGCUUCCAUCGGCGGCAACUGGUCGUGGAGGUCCAUCACCCUCAUCCAGGCCGUCCCCUCCGCCAUGCAGCUCGUCGGCAUCUGGUGGAUCCCCGAGUCGCCUCGCUACCUCGUCAACAAGGACAAGACGGAGCAGGCCCUGGCUGUCCUCGCCAAGCACCACGGCAGAGGCAAUGACCAGGACCCUCUCGUCCAGUUCCAGUACCGCGAGAUCAAGCAGACCAUCCAGGCCGACCGUGACAACAAGACCGCCACCAGCUACCUCGACUUCUUCCGCACCAAGGGCAACCGCUGGCGUCUGGCUAUCAUCAUCUCCCUCGGUAUUAUUUCCCAGUACUCCGGCAACGCCCUCUUCUCCAACUACAUGGACGUCGUGUACGAGGGUGCUGGCAUCACGCAGCAGAACAAGAAGCUCGCCCUGUCCGCCGGCAAGACCAUUCUCGAUCUCUCCGUCUCCAUCUCCGCGGCCCUGUGCAUCGACAAGUUUGGUCGUCGCCCUCUCUUCCUCGUCUCCGCGGCCGGCAUGGUCGCCUCCUUCACCCUCUGGACCAUCACCGGUGCCGUGUACGAGAACUCGGAGCGCGAGCAGCCCGAUGGCACCAUGAAGGCCACCAACGCUGGUGCCGGAUACGCCCAGCUGCCCUUCAUCUGGCUGUUUGGUGUCUUCUACUCCAUUGGUUUCUCCGGUCUCCUCGUCGCCUACGCUCUCGAGGUCCUGCCCUUCCAUCUCCGCGCCAAGGGCAUGAUGAUCAUGAACAUCACCGUCCAGGCCAUCCUCGCCAUCGGCAACCAAACCAACAAGAUUGCCUGGAGAAAGCUCCCCAACCACUGGAACUUUAUGCUGUUCUACACGCUCUGGGACACUCUCGAGUUCAUCUUCGUCUACUUUGUCUACCCCGAGACCAAGGGCCCUACCCUUGAGGAGAUUGCUCGCAUCUUCGACGGCGACAGCGCCACCGUAGCUCACAUUGACUUUGAGCAGGUCGAGAAGGAGAUGCAGCUGCACCACGAGGAGGAGCGCUUUGACAACAAGAGCAUGUCCUAGGUGCCCUGAGGAUUCUCGUGUUUGGAGUGGCGUGAAGCGUGUCGGGCGGAUGGUAUAUACACAACGUACUUUGAUUUCUGUGAUGUGUGUGCGUGUGUGUGGUUGGGAGCGCGCGCGCUGAGAGUAGUUUUACAGCGUCAGUCUUUUUAUAAUGAGUAUGAUACCAU